GGGACAGACAGACAGAACUAGGAAAGAGGAGAGGAGAGGACAGAGAGGUAGAGAAGGAAAGAAACAGGAGAGGGAGAGGGAGAGGCUGAAGAAGACAGAGGGACGGAAGCACAGACAGACUGCUGGACACACAAGGCCAACGGUGGGGUGACUGGGCGAUGCCCGCUGCGGUGAGGACCAUGGGGCAGCUGGCAGGGGCUAUCUAAGUGGGUGCCCUGACCCCCCCCACCUCCCGCCCUGGCCCCUCGGGACCAGGCCAGACGGUGGCCGGGAUGGCAGACUCCUGCCGGAACCUGACUUACGUGCGGGACUCGGUGGGGCCCGCCACCAGCACCCUGAUGUUUGUAGCAGGUGCGGUGGGCAACGGGCUGGCACUGGGCAUCCUGGGGGCGCGGCGGCAGUCACGCCCAUCGGCCUUCGCCGUGCUGGUCACCGGGCUGGCGGUCACCGACCUGCUGGGCACGUGCUUCCUGAGCCCCGCGGUGUUCGUGGCCUACGCCCGAAACAGCUCGCUGCUGGGCCUGGCCCGCGGCCGCCCGGUGCUGUGUGACACCUUCGCCUUUGCCAUGACCUUCUUCGGCCUGGCGUCCACGCUCAUCCUCUUCACCAUGGCCGUGGAGCGCUGCCUGGCGCUCAGCCACCCCUACCUCUACGCCCAGCUGGACGGGCCCCGCUGCGCCCGCCUGGCGCUGCCCGCCGUCUACGCCUUCUGCACCCUCUUCUGCGCGCUGCCCCUGCUGGGCCUGGGCCAGCACCAGCAGUACUGCCCGGGCAGCUGGUGCUUCAUCCGCCUGCGCUCCACCGAGCUGGGCGGCUGCGCCUACUCCCUGGCCUACGCCAGCCUCGUGGCCCUGCUGGUGGCUGCCAUCGUCCUCUGCAACGGCUCUGUCACCCUCAGCCUCUGCCGCAUGUACCGCCAGAGCUCACUGGUCCCGGGCCUCAGGGCAUCGGCUCGAGAGGACGAGGUUGACCAUCUGAUCCUGCUGGGCCUCAUGACGGCCGUCAUGGCUGUGUGCUCCCUGCCUCUGACGAUCCGCUGCUUCACCCAGGCCAUCGCCCCAGACAGCAGUGAGAUGGGGGACCUCCUCGCCUUCCGAUUCAAUGCCUUCAACCCCAUCCUGGACCCCUGGGUCUUCAUCCUAUUCCGCAAGGCCGUCUUUCAGCGCCUCAAGCUCUGGUUCUGCCGUCUCUGCCCCGGGCCUGCCCACGGCCGCUCACAGGACACCCCCUCCCAGCCUGCCUCAGGGGGGAAGGACCCACGGGUCCCCGCCACUCUCGGGGGAAAGGAGGGGAACUGGGUGCCUUUGUCAGCCUGGGGCGAGGCGCAGGGGGCAGGCCCGCCUCCCGCACAGCCCCUGGGAACGCCACCCAAAGCGGAGUCCAGGGCAGGCUGCUCUCUCAGCUGACGUCUUAGGCUGUCCCGUGACCCCCUGCCCCGUCUUAGGGGAGCAGGAGCCAGACAAUCAGGGGAGCUCCACAGGUGGACAGGCAGCGUGAUGAGCCCUAGAGCUCCGGCCUCAGAGCCUGGACGCCCUGAAUUCAGGGGCAGUCAGCUGCUGUCUCCUCCUCCAGGGUGGCCACACCAGGCCCGGGGAGGAGAGGGAGGGAGAGAGGGAGCAUUUAUCCUGGAGCAUGACAGCCGUUCACUCAGAAUAACCAAUGGCCUGGCUGGCCCGGUUUGGCCCUCGCCUGUCCAUCCAUCUCACUGUCUAAAUAUUUGGAAGACGGAGAAGUUCUCAGAGCUCCUGUGUACUCAGGUCUGUUGGGGUUAGUGUCCCGGCGCUGACCUCCGUUCACUGAGGGUGCCCCGACCCCUCAGGGGACGGUCCUGCCCCUCCCAGCCACUCCAAGGGCCACCCCUUCUCUGCCUCCCCUCGCUUCUGAGUCCCCGUCAAACUUGGGAGCUCUGGCUCCCCCAGGAGAGGUGGGAGGAAGGGGAGAUGCUGCCUUGUGGGUGGCACAGCUGGGCACGGGCCCAGGGAACUCGGUGUGGCUUGGUAGUUAGACUCGGACGGUGCAGGCAUGGGUGUGGGGGUGUGACUCCCAGGGAGGGCCCAAGAACACAGACUCAAGUCCUGUGCCUUUCCCCCUAUUUUUUUUUUUUUUUAUCUUCAUCCAAGGACAUUUUUUUGUUCAGAUAGAGUGGGCGGGGGAGAGAGAGA